UCUCUCUCCUUCAUUGCAAUGUGGUUUUCCGACCAGAGAAGCUCCACAGAGUUCUGCAUUCUGAGUCUGGUGUGCAGAUGCUGCUCAGGCGAGGCUGGAGGCGGACGGCACUCCUGUUGAUGCAGCAAGGAGCGCGAUCCCACGGCACAAACUGACACCCCACCUGGAAGGAAGAUGAAGGGUGCCACCAGGCCGUGGAGCACGGCCCUCUCCAAGCAGGGGUGCCAUGGGACAGAACGGGGGAAACCUCUGCCCUCUGCCCCCGUUGGCAUGAAGACCUCCAAGUCAUCCACCUCCCUCGCCUUCGACUCCCGGCUCAGCAAGCUGAAGAGAGCCAGCAGUGAAGACAUGCUCACAAAGCCAGGCAUCAUGGCAGUCUCAGGAAGCUCCCGGCUGAAGAAGACCAUCACCACGGGGGCCAUUUCCGAGCUGGCUGAGAACCGGCUGCGGCCUGCCACAGGUUCCAUCCCGUCGGCGAAGCGCACCGGGAUCCCAGCCCCGCGGGAGCUGCCGAGUGCCCCGGGCAGAGAGAAGGCGGCCCUGAGACCCAGGAAGGCUCAGCCCAGCCCCACUUCCUCCGGGGCACCGACGCCCACCAAGCACUCGCGCCCGGCCCCCAAGUGCAAGAAUGAGGGGGACGCCGGCGAUAAGGCCACGCUGGAGUCGCAGGUCAAGGAGCUGCUGGCCGAGGCCAAGGCGAAGGACUCUGAGAUCACCAAGCUUCGGAGCGAGCUGAAGAAGCAGCAGGACCGGGAAUGGGUGCACUGCGAGCUGGACCACCCCGCAGGGGGGUCGCCGGCCGAGGCGGAGCCCCUGGUCCGCACCCUCCAGGACCAGAACCGGGCUUUCCAGACGGAGCUGCUGAGCCUCGGGGAGGAGAACCGCCUCUUGAGAGAGAAACUCAGCCGCCUGGAGCAGUCGCCGCUGUCAGACACCCUGAGCAGCAGCGGGGGCUGCGGCAGCAGCCUCGCCACCCCCACCACUCAGGAGUCGAGCUUCGGCAGCCCCAUGCAGCCCCCUGGGAACCUCCGCGCCAACGGGGGUGCCCCCCUGCGGAACUCGGGUUCGUCCAGCAGCGACGUCACCAAGGCGUCCCUGUCUCCAGACGCCUCGGACUUCGAGCACAUCGCGGAGGCACCAUCCAGGCCCCCGUCGUCAGGGAGCCACCCCUCCCAAGCCCCGCAGGACUCCCCUGCCGGGAGCUCCCCCAACAAUGCCAGCGACCUCUCGGUGGCCUCGUUGACGGAGCGGAUCCAGAGGAUGGAGGAGAACCACCACUGCACAGCCGAGGAGCUGCAGGCCACGCUGCAGGAGCUCUCCGACCAGCAGCAGGUUGUGCAGGAGCUGACGGCGGAGAACGAGCGGCUGGCCGAGGAGAAGGCCCUGCUGGAGGGCUCCUUCCGGCAGCACCGUGAGAGAGCCGAGCAGCUCGGCCAGGAGAACGAGAAGCUGGCGGCCCUCCUGCAAGAGCGGCCAGCCGGCGACGAUGGCAAGGCCAAGACCAUCCAGGAGCUGGAGCAGCGGUGCGGGGAGCUGCAGGAGAAGGCCCAGUUUGAGCGGGAGAAGCUGCUCAACAUCCAGCAGCAGCUGACCAGCAGUUUGCGCGGCCUGGAGAGGGAGCACCAGGAAGCCCAGGCAGCCACUCGGGGCCUGCGGGAAGAGGCCGAGAGGCUGGGAGGCCUGCUGGAGGCGGAGAGGCAGGGUGCAGCCGGCCUGGCCAGGGCCCUGGAGGACUGCAAGGUGGCCCUGGAGGGGCUGAGGAUUGAGAACGGCUCGCUUCGGGCCCAGCUGGACAGCGCCAAGCAGAAGGCAGCGGACAUGGACACUGUUGGGCGGGGCGCGGACCCCGGCGCCAUGCAGGAGAUGCUGAAAGGAGCCCGCGGGGAGAGGGACCAGCUGGAGCUGGCCUGCACGGAGCUCAGGCAGGAGCUGCUGAAGGCACACAGCGAGGUGAAGACCCUGCAAGGGCAGCUGGCCAAGAUUGAGAAGGAGCGUGCUCAGCUGAAGGAGACGUGCGACCGUCAGGCGGACCAGCUCAGCCGAACCAACCACAAGCUCCAGGAGAAGACGUCUGAGAACGAGGCCGAGAUCAAGAACCUGAAGGAGACCAUCUUUGAGCUGGAAGACCAGGUGGAGCAACACCGGGCGCUCAAACUGCACGACAACCAGAUCAUCAGCGACUUGGAGAGUAAUCUACUGAAAAUGGAAGUCCAGAAGAUGGAUUUGGAAAGGCAGCUGAAGACCCUGAACAAGCAGAUGAAGGAGGACACGGCUGAGUGGCGCCGCUUCCAAGCCGACCUGCAGACGGCGGUGGUCGUGGCCAACGACAUCAAGUGCGAGGCCCAGCAGGAGCUGCGGACAGUGAAGCGCCGGCUGCUGGAGGAGGAGGAGAAGAGCGCCAGGCUGCAGAAGGAGCUGGACGAGGCCCAGGGAGGGAGCACAAGGCCAACCAUCGAGGUGAUGGACACAGUCGAGGCGGAUCCUGCCAGCCGCUGGCAGGGGGUCUCUGUCAGCCGCGCGUCACCAACGCCCCCCGAGUCCCUGGCUACCGUCAAAUCGUUGAUCAAGUCGUUCGACUUGGGGUGCCCAGGUGGUCCGGGACAAAGCGUUCCUGUCCACAAGGUCUCCCGGAGCCCCCUCAGCGGCAUCCCCACCAGGACAGCUCCGGCCGCCGCCGUCUCGCCCAUCCAGAGACACUCUACCUUCAGCAACCCAAAGCCCUCUGGGAAGGCAUUUUCCAAGCACGCUGAUCUUCCAGAGCUUCCCUUGGCAGACUUGCUGAAAGGGAGAAGCGAGGACCUGAAGCCAGACCACUUUCUUCGCAAAAGCCCCUCACUGGAAUCCCUGAGCAAACCUCCCUCCAUGUCCUUCUCCGGCAGGAUGCUCACCUCCACCCACAGUGGCCUGAAACCCCCGAGCAAGCUCAGCGUGGAGAGGAAGGACCCUUUGGCUGCUUUGGCGAGGGAGUACGGCGGCUCCAAGAGGAACGCCCUGCUGAAAUGGUGUCAGAAGAAAACAGAGGGGUACCCAAAUAUCGACAUCACCAACUUUAGCAGCAGCUGGAGCGACGGCUUGGCCUUCUGCGCCCUCCUGCACACCUACCUGCCUGCCCACAUUCCCUACCAGGAGCUCAACAGCCAGGACAAGAAAAGAAAUCUCCUUUUGGCAUUCCAGGCUGCCGAAAGCGUUGGCAUUAAACCCAGCUUGGAGCUCAGCGAAAUCAUGUACACGGACCGCCCCGACUGGCAGAGCGUUAUGCAGUACGUCGCCCAAAUCUACAAAUAUUUCGAGACCUGAGUUCCGGAGCCGGGAGGAGGAAGGAGGAGGAGGAAGGCGUCUGAAGAACACCAUGCAACGCACUAGAUCACUUUACAAGGAAAACACAAAAGGGGCCCUCCCCCUUCGUUCCUGCUUGACAGAGGCCCCGGCAGACAUUUCUCGUGGCCCCAGAAAGGACUGGCCACGAUCCAGCCCACACCAUGCAGCCUGAGGCAGAGUGGAGGGGCUCUGCUUGGCUUGGGACUCUUUUUUUGGGGGGGGGGACGCAGGAAAUAACAUCUCCCCCAUACUUGACCGUGCCAAAUAAGACUCCUUUCCACCCAGGGUGCCCUGCGCUGUGGGGCAGAGAACAACUCCCCUCAUCGCCAGACAAAUCGGUGGCCUUGUGCACAGCCUCUGGAUUUCCCCGAGGGCAUCAGAAGUUGCUGCUUUCCCUCUCUUUAAUUUCACAAAACCUGGUUGUGGCUUCCCUUCUCCAUGGGUCCCAAGGAGAGGCUUCCUUACUUUUCUCCCCGGAGGCUCACGAAAAGAGCAGAGUGCGCUGGCUUCCUGAAACCGGCUGCGCUGUGUGGAACAGCGAGGAUCCCUUGAAACCUGAAAGCAUCUUUGAAAAAAACAAAACACGCC